AUGAGUCCAUCUAUACAAAGUAUAUGCUUCUCUCUGUUUAUCAUCCUCGCCAUCUCCGGCCAAGCAUAUGGAUUCGGAGCGGGGAACAUCGCCUCCCUUUCUCAAAUUGAAGGCCAAAACUGGCGCCACGGCGAUAUCGAAGAUGCUCUUUUGAAUUUGUUCCUUGCUCGGGGAGCAGGAGGGCGGAAAUUCAACAAGUUGGAUGUGAAGCGUGUUUACUUUGGGAACUGGCUGCGGGAUUAUAGCCAAGCUGUUGAUGUUGGGACUGUUAAGUAUGUCAGUGCAGAGGCUAUUCGGAUCUUGAUCUGGGUGUUGGGAUUUAUGAGUUUUGGUUACGGUACGGGCGAGUUUGAAGUUACUACUGAGCGACUUGGAUGUUACCAGCCUACUGAGCAUAUUGAUAACCCUAAAGGGUAUGCGGAGGGGGAUGAUGCUCGUAACUACGAUGAGCGUUUGCGAGGACCGGUGGAUGAGGAGCGUGAGCUUUCUAUUGAUCCACGGACAGGUCUCAAGUGUUAUAUUGCAUCUGAAGAUAUGGAUAUGGAUACCUCGGCUCAUUUGAUUCGGAAAACUCUCGGCCGUUCGAUUCAGCUUGGUCGUCGUUACGCCCGUUCUCGUAACGAUGAAGAUCUAUACGAGGCCCUUCGAUUGCUUGGAACAGGCUUACACUGCUUGGAGGAUUAUGCGGCUCAUUCCAACUAUACCGAGCUGAGUCUCAUUGAACUCGGAGAGACUGAAGUCUUCCCUCAUGUUGGGCGCGAUACAAUGCUGAAGGUUCAGGGUGCACGCGGCUUGGUCUAUCCCAUUGUGACUGGAACCUUUGGCGGAGUCGAUUUCUUUCACUCGGUACUCGGAGAAGUCUCUGAUAAAGCCACGCAAUCGGAAUUACAGUCCUUGGAAGGUGUUAUCAAUGAAUCUCAAAAUGAUAGCUCCUCGGAGAGCGUCUUGCAGGGACUGUUGAGUAAGAUCCCUAGUGGACUGUUCGGCGAUAGUGACUCCGAAGCAAGGGAGAUGGAUGAUUUCAAGGCCAAGGCAGAUGAUGCGAAGAACAAUACUCCGGAUGUCUCCCCGCGGGAGCCCGAGGAAUGGACUCGCUAUCUCGACGAUGUUCAGAAACAGAUCUACCCCAUCCUGGAGUGGCACGACAAACUGCUUAAAGGAAUCAACGAAGCUAUCGAACAGAUUCCAGUCCUGCCAGAGCUAAUUGAGCAAAUCCAAGACGAGAUCACAGUCUUCGUCUUCUCCGUUCUCGCUCCCUAUGUCCUCCCCAUCAUCAAGCAGGUCAGAUCCGAGCUCGAGACUGGUUCCUCAGAAUUGAUCCAGAGUAGCCAGGUACAGCAACAUAUCGUCUUCAACGAUGACUCCUCAUCAAACCCUACCCAUUCCAUGCUGUCCAAGGACCACUUCUCCAAUGUUCUCAACGAACCAGCCGGACGCAUUGCUUCAGCCGUCGUCAAGUGGACAGUUCCCCAACUGAUGAACUGCUGGGACGACGAAGAUGCCGAUAUCGACCAAACCCUCACCAGAAUUAUAUCGGGAGUCUUCCAUCACCCCGCUCUUAGGGAAUACGGAGAUAAUGGCGCGGACGAAAUUCGCGGUAUAAUGUUCUCCACCGUGGAACAAUGGUGGGGCGAGAAGAGUGAGGAAGCCCAGGAUUAUCUACGCGAACAGCUAAGCCGGGAUGGAGUUCUCGAGGGCAAGAACCACAAAGAAGGCGUUCAGGACUGUGGACAUGGUUGUGGAAAGCCCAUCGCUCUGCCCAAGCCCAAAAUCAGCAACGGCGACUCCAGUAAUGGCGGAUUGGAGGAUUUUGCAUCCCAAGCAUUGAGUGGAGGAGCCCUUGGCGGAUUAGUUGGUCUCGUUGGAGGAAUGGGAUCAAUGAUGUUGAACAAUAGCAAUGGUCGAGAAAGUCCCGAGCGAAAUUAUGAUGGCAAUUCCCGCACCCACAGUCGUCGCGACGAGUCGGUUGGAAGCGAUUUUCCAUCUCAUCAGCAUGAGGAGUAUUCUGGAGAGUAUGCGCCUCCACAGCGUGAUCAAUAUUCUGGAGGGUGUGCGCCUCCACAGCGUGAUCAGUAUUCCGAUGGUUACUCUCGUCUUAAAUACCCGCCGAAUCCUCCUAUCCAGGAAUAUCGCCGUGAGGAAUAUCAGUCUUACGAGCAGCAGGGAAGCGGGGGCUAUUAUCAACAGGAGAGGCGGGAGGUUUAUGAAAGUCAGACUGAAUAUGUGCAAACCGAGUCGCGCUACGAGUAUGGACCUCCGCAACCUGCUUUCCAGCAUGAACAAGGUGGAUACGGGGGAUUUGAACAGUAA